CAGCACUAUAGACCAGUGAUUCACUCCUGUAAGACGAUUGUUGUCACGCUCACAUAAACCAUCACAAGAAGGCUACGACCCUCUGCACAGACUGUAGCUGAGGAUACUAUUCAGCAGAAAUGGCUCCUGCAGUCGGUGGCCCUCAAGGAUACACGCCCCCGGAGGGUGGCUGGGGAUGGAUGGUGGUGAUCGGCGCCUUCAUCUCCAUCGGCUUCUCCUACGCCUUCCCAAAGUCCAUCACCGUCUUCUUCAAGGAGAUUGAGGUCAUCUUCGAUGUUACUAGCAGCCAGGUGUCGUGGAUUUCAUCCAUUAUGCUGGCGUGUAUGUAUGGAGGAGGUCCAAUCAGCAGCAUCCUGGUUAAUAAGUACGGGAGUCGCGCUGUGAUGAUGUUCGGGGGCUGCUUGUCCGGAUCGGGCCUCAUCGCCGCCUCUUUCUGCAACUCCAUCCAGGCGCUCUAUUUCUGUAUUGGAGUUGUGGGAGGCUUGGGAUUAGCCUUCAACCUCAACCCAGCACUUACAAUGAUCGGAAAGUACUUCUUCAAGAAGAGACCCAUUGCCAACGGCAUCGCCAUGGCCGGCAGCCCUGUCUUCCUCUCCACCCUGGCACCAAUCAACACCUGGUUCUUCGACAAGUUUGGCUGGAGAGGAAGCUUUCUGAUCCUUGGGGGCCUUCUCUUCAACUGCUGUGUGGCAGGUUCUCUCAUGCGACCCAUAGGGCCCAAACCCAAACCGGUGGAGAGGGGCACGGAGAGGAGGACCGCAUCACAGAUCAUGAACAGCUUCAUUGACUUCACCCUGUUCAAGCACCGCGGCUUCCUGCUGUAUCUCAUGGGCAACUUCAUCAUGUUCUUCGGCCUCUUCGCCCCACUCGUUUUCCUCAGUAAUUUCGGCAAGAGUAGAGAUAUCCCCAAAGAGAAGGCUGCUUUUUUGCUUUCCGUACUCGCUUUUGUAGAUAUGGUGGCAAGGCCCUCCAUGGGCAUGGUGGCCAACACCAAGUGGAUCCGACCAAGAAUACAAUACUUCUUUGCUGCAUCUGUCUUGUACAACGGUGUGUGCCAUGUGAUGGCACCUUUAUCUGUGACCUACACAGGCUUUGUGAUUUAUGCCAUUUUCUUCGGCUUCGCCUUCGGCUGGCUGAGCUCGGUGCUGUUUGAGACCUUGAUGGAUAUCGUUGGGGCUCAGCGCUUCUCCAGUGCUGUGGGGCUGGUCACCAUUGUGGAGUGUGGCCCUGUGCUGCUAGGACCACCUCUAUUGGGGAGGUUCAAAGACAUCUACAAUGAUUACAAGUACACCUACCAGGGAUGCGGUAUUAUCCUCAUUGUUUCCAGUGUGUUCCUCUUCUUUGCCAUGGGAAUCAACUAUCGUCUAAUGGACAAAGAGAAGAAGGAGGAAGAGAGAAGGGUUAAGGUAGAGGGUAGGAGAUAUGAGCCAAAUAAAAGCAAAGCAGUGUCAAAGGUGGCAGAAGAUACGGUCUAACUAAUCGAUUCUUUACUGAGCUGAAUUUUUUUUCCAUGCAUCUUUGUUUUUGCACAUAUAACAUCCAAGAAUAAUAGUUUCUAUAAUAUAAUUAUCUUUUUACUUCUGUAAUGUUUUACACUCUGAAGUUGAUAUUCAAUAUACUACUAAACCUCCAAGCCUCACUUUCCAAGUUUAUUAUUUUUCCAAUAAAUGCUCUGUUUUGCUCUUUCGGACAGGCACACAGGAUGGCCUGAAUGUGUCUGAUUUGUCUGAUGUGAUUGUAGUCUAGCCCACUCAAUCAGGAGUGCAUGGCAAUGAUGACCAUACAAUGUAUUCAUGCAUUUAAUUAUGACUUAAAUGAAAAAUAAAUCACUGUAACCAU